UUGAUUUCCUUUAGGAUUGACUGUUUUCAUCACCAUAAGCUCCUUAUUCAAGGCUAAUUUUGUAUUAUGUUAAAUCACUUGGUUUUGUUCUCACGACUUCCUGAUUGCUUUGGCAUAAUUGCGAGGAGGUGGAACUUCUAGGCAAGCGCACAUGCAUCCCCAAGUGGAGCAAAUCCACUCUUGACACAGGAAGAGCACCGAGGUUUUAAUGACGGGGUUAAAUCCAGUCCUGAAGCACUUUUGCGGGCACUGAUUGCUCAGGCUCGUGCGUCACCACUUGAAUAUGAGGGGAGAGGGGGUACAGGCUUUAGAUAGGCAUAUAUUCCAAAAAAGAAACCAAACACACAGCUGCAGGUUGAGCUGAAAAUAGCCCCCUCAGUCUGCAGAGAAGAGACUCAAGUCCACAAAGCACUGGUUUCAGGGGCUGCCAAGCAGGAUGAGCAGCUCCAGAGCUGGAGAGAGGUACCAGCCAGCCUGCAAGAUGCUGCCCCUCUGCUUGCUGCUGCCGCUGCUGCUGCUGCCGCUGCUCCUGCUGCCCUCUGGGGCCACCACUGCCCUCUCCCCAGAGGGCGGCCUCGCCGGCCACGAGAGCGGGCACACGCAGGAAGUGGCAGAAAUAAAGACAAACAGCCUGUUGACUUUGCUUGUGUGGUGGUACGAGUGGGCCUCCCAGGCCAGGGCAGUGCCCUUCGUAGAAGGGGAAGCCAGGGAGGAGUCCAAACGGCAGGAAGGCGCACCACUUCAUCAGUCCACGCACCAAGAUAAAACACCCUGCAAGAAUUUCUUCUGGAAGACCUUCUCCUCCUGCAAGUAAAACUCCACCCAUAACUACUUGUGCAAAGAAGUGUAACAGUGGAUCUGAAUAAAAUGUAUUAAUAAGCA